CGCAUCGGAAACGAAAAAAACACGCAAUUUUUGUAUUAAGAAACAGGCCAAAGAAACCUGUUUCUUCAUACCGAACGAAGCCUUAGGACAAGUGAGUCGUUGUAACUCCAACAACUCUGUGGUCAUUAUUUUAUAGAGUCGGGUGCUCCUGCCUUCGUUCUACCUCUAGGGUCUUUGACUUUGGUUAGCGGGGCAGCCAUUAGGCCCAUGUUCGAUGGCCAGUUGGUGCCGCUUUUGCUCGAUAGCAAAUUCCAUAAAAGGGAUUAUGAAUAUGAUGCAAGACAGCGGUGAUACCGUGUACGAUAUAACGAAUGGAGCCUACGCUUGCGGCAUCGUAUCUGGUUCCCUCAAAUCACCUAGUGCUAGUAAUAAUACCUCGCUUAAGGUCAUCACGCACUACGCCCAGCAUCUCGGGCCGAAAAACUGCUCAAUUGGAAACUUGUGUGGUCAUGGCAUCUAACAGUUCAUCACCAGGACUGGACUAGCUGUACAGCAAGGUCCCCCCUCUGGAGUGCUCCACAGCAUCUGAAGGUUUCUGGGACGCGAGUAUGUUACGGUUACACCAAGGGGCCAUUUUAUUUUAUUUUGGUGGAACCUUCGGUAGCUUUGCGGGCUCGGGGCCUGAAGGUUUGGUGGAAGGGCAGAGCCUUCCUAAUAAGGGGCCAUAUUUUGGCUCCUAGGUAAUUU